AUGUUCUCAAUUCUCUUGCUACUCCUUGUGACUACAACUACCAGCCCAUUAGUACCGGUGGGAGGAGAUGUUAAUCUGAAAAAGUGUUUGGAUAAGGAGAGAGACGCCCUCCUUCUGUUCAAAGCUCCCCUUCAAGACCCUGAUGGUCGUCUCUCUUCAUGGACAGCUGACGAACAUGACUGCUGUAAAUGGAGUGGAAUCACCUGCAACAACCAAACAGGUCAUGUCACAGAGCUUGAUAUUUUCUUAUAUGGUCUUGGAGGUGAGAUAAGCCAUUGCCAUUCAUUGCUUAACUUAACCUACUUGAAUCAUCUUCGUCUUUCCAUAAAUUCUUUUCAUGGAACCAUUCCCACCUUCAUUGGUUCUUUGACUCGAUUAAGGUACCUUAACCUUGGCUCGAAUCAUUUUAAUGGGACCAUUCCCAGGUCAAUUGGUUCCUUGACUGAACUAAGUUACCUUUCCCUUUCUUAUAACUCUCUUUCUGGAACCAUUCCUCCAGAGUUUGGAAACCUCACCAACUUGCAAGAGCUUUACCUUUCAAAUGUUGGAAGGUGUAGAGUUGAAAAGGUAGAGUGGUUGUCUCAUCUCACUCAUUUGGAGGAACUUGAUAUGGAUGGGAUUUCCCUAGCAAAAGCAGAGAAAUGGGUGGAUGUAAUUCUGAGUCUCCCGAAACUCUCAUGGUUAAGUUUAAGGGGAUGUGAGCUGUCACAGGUCAUGUAUCCAUAUUCUUCUUCAUUUCUCAACUCUUCUUCUUCAUCAUCUAUUGAGUCCCUUUAUCUCAGUGACAACAUUCUCACCUCAUCCAUGUAUCGCUGGUUGUUCCCCUUAACCAGCAAUACUCUUCAAUUCCUUGAUCUCUCUGGCAACAUGUUAGAUGGGAUACCCAAAUAUCUUGGUAGCCUCUGUAGUCUGGAAACUUUGUACUUCUACAACAACUCUAUUGCUGUCAAAUUUCCUGAUUUUCUCAAUAACUUGUCUGGAUGCACAUCGGAUACAUUACAAAAGUUGUUCCUAUCUGAUAAUCACUUAAAUGGAAGUAUAAGUGAGAAACUGUGGGAACUACCCAGGCUUGAAUACAUUGACCUUUCUUUUAAUAAUCUUACAGUUCCUUCCACAUAUCACUUGUCAAACAUCUCUUAUGUUAAGUAUCUUUAUCUGAGCUCUUGCAAAGUAGGGCCUCGCUUCCCCAAAUGGAUUCAGACACACAAAAAUCUUACUGAUCUUGAUCUUUCCAAUACUGGAAUUUCAGACACAACUCCUCUGGAGUUUUGGGACAUGUGGCCUUCUCAAUUAAAAUAUCUGAAUCUCUCUUCCAACAACAUUAGCGGGAAAGUACCAGAUUUAUUAUCAAAUUUUGCCAAAUAUUCAGCGAUAGAUUUGAGUUCAAACAACUUUUAUGGUCCGAUACCGAAUGUUCCUUCCACUUUGUUUUCAUUAAAUCUUUACAGAAACAAAUUCACUGGAGGAAUCUCCUUUAUAUGCCAAAUUGUUGAUGAGCUCUUAUACUUUCUUGACCUCUCUCAUAACUCAUUCAUCGGACAACUCCCUGACUGUUUGUGGCAUUUCAAACAACUAAAAGUUCUUAAUCUCGGAAACAACAAUCUCUUUGGAAGGCUUCCUCCCUCUAUUGGAUCUUUGAUACAACUCCAGGUGUUGUCUUUAUACGAUAACAACUUCUCUGGAGAAUUGCCUUUGUCUUUAAAAAAUUGCACGAGUUUAAUCUCGUUGAACUUGGGGGCCAACAAGUUUUCUGGUAAUGUGCCUGUCUGGAUUGGGGAAAACUUAACAGGGUUGUAUGUUCUUAUCCUAAGAUCAAACAAAAUCUUUGGAACCAUCCCUUUACAGUUAUGUCAGUUAGCUCGUCUUCAAACUCUAGACCUGUCAAUGAACAAUCUCCAUGGAAGCAUCCCCUCAUGUUUGAGUAAUCUUACCAGCAUGGUUCAACAAGGAGGAUUCUCACAAGAUGUACAGUAUUAUAGAAAUGUAACUGAUAAUUCAUUUGCAUUUGAGACGUAUGUUGACCAUGCAAUGAUUGAGUGGCAAGGAGAUGAACAUGAAUUCUUUAACAAUCUGAAAUUGUUGAAGAUCAUUAACCUGUCAAGCAACAAUUUAACAGGACAAAUCCCAUAUCAAAUUACCAAUCUUUCUGACUUAGUUGCCCUGAACUUGUCAAGGAACAAUCUAUCCGGAGAGAUUCCACGGAAAAUUGGUGAGAUGAAAAAGCUUUUGACUUUGGAUUUAUCCAGAAAUAAUUUCUCAGGGUGGAUUCCAUCAAGCAUGUCUCAGAUGAGUUUACUGAAUGACCUAGACUUGUCAUUUAAUAAAUUAUCUGGGAGGAUCCCAACCAGCACUCAACUCCAAUCCUUUCCACCUUCAAGAUACAAUGGAAACGCACGUCUAUGUGGGCCUCCCCUUACAAAAAAAUGUCCAGGAGAUGAAGAAUCAGAAUCACCACCCAUCAUUGGUAAUGGUAAAAGUGAGGGUGAUGGGGAAGACACAGAUGAUGAAGUCGAACUCUGGGGAUGGUUUGUUAUUGGUGGGGGAAUGGGUUUUGGUACUGGAUUUUGGAUAGCAUGUGGCGCUUUACUUCUCAACCGUCGAGGGAGACAUGCAUUUUUUCAGUUUUAUGAGAGCUUCAAAGAUUUGUUUUAUGUGAGGGUGGUUGUGUUCAUUGUAAAUUUGCAAAAAGCUAGACAGAUGUAG